AUGUCCGGAAUUGCGGCACUUGCAAAGUUCAAGAAACUUUGCGUUACUAACGACUUGAUAAAAGACGCAGCCAAUCCCAAUGGCGAUGACAUUCGAUCCGGUAUUGUUGAUGACGGAACAUUGUUCCGAUUUCUUAGGGCACGUAACUAUGAUGUGGAAAAGGCCUUUCAACAAUACCAGGCGACACGAAAGUGGCGGGAUGAAAAUCAGCUCAUAGAAUUGUACGAGACAAUCGACGUGUCAAAGUACGAAGAAACGCGAAAAUUGUAUACCCACUGGACUGGUCGCAGAGAUCGCAACGGCGUUCCGUUAUUUCUUUUCGAGAUUGGACAGCUGAGCCCAAGUCUCAUGGCCGCGUACAAGGCCUCCUGCUCAUCAACGACCGAUACGGUGACAGGGACAGAGUCUCAGGCCAUGCUACGGUUGUUCUGCACGUACGAAAACCUAAUACGAUUUGUGUUUCCUCUUUGCUCCACGGUUCAAUCCCGACCCAAUCCAGGUAUACCCAUAACGCAGGCUACCUGUAUUGUAGACAUAUCAGGGGUGGGCUUACUUCAGUUCUGGCGGCUGAAAACCCAUAUGCAAGCUGCCAGCUCAUUGGCUACUGCACACUACCCAGAGACGCUUGGAAGAACCUAUAUCAUUGGUGCGCCAUCCUUCUUUCCCACAGUCUGGUCCUGGAUCAACAAAUGGUUCGACCAGAACACGGUGUCGAAGAUUUUCAUAGUUCCUCCUGGGCAGGAGUAUUCCAUGCUGUCUGAGCUUAUAGAUCCCAUCAACAUACCUCAUAGAUAUGGUGGUCAAUUCGAUUUUGACUUUGGCAUGGUUCCGGACCUUGAUUCAGAGAUCAUGGAGAGGAUGAAAUGGCUAAAAGAUGAGAAUGGACAAGUCUUUGAGGAAUUGCCUCUGGGGCCUAUGCGAUGGAUUGAGCAACAGGAUGGGACCAGAACGGCGAUUGCUGUCGGGACUGUGAAUCAAGCACAACGGAAGAUGGACAUCAUGGCGCUUGGUAACUAG